GCCCUGACGUGGGGUUAUGCUCUGAUUAUAACAAUAGCCAUCCUAACAACGUGCGAUGCAGUUAUCACAGAAAAAGGAGUUCUUGGAUGUAAGCCGUGUUCAAUAGACAACUGCAAAAAUGAAACAAACUGCCUUCUUGGCUCUACAAUGGACCUGUGUAACUGCUGUACCAAGUGUUUCAGAAUCAACGGUAAAAAGAUCUCUGAUCGACAAUCUAUAAUAAUUUUGAGUCAAGUAAGACCUUGGCAGUCACAACGGAGUUAAAUUUUAAACAUUUAAAUUAAACUUUUGGUCGGUAAAGAUGGAGAGGGAAGGGGCAUUGUAGUCAUGCUGGAUAGGAUAAAAGGUGGGUCCAUACUGCAAUAGCAAAGCUGAAUACUAGUAGAGUAGAUUCGUUGUAAUCUGUAUGAAGCACGCCAGAGACUGAUCGUAGGUUGAAAUAGAUUCCUCAGUAGAUUGUAAGAACAUGAUUCCCAUUAUCAUUCUCGACUUUUGUAAAGACCCCUAGAGCCUUUUAGUAGUGUUAGAAAACUCAGUGUAACUUUAGUUCUAGUUUGCUCCUGCACGGACAUAAUUGUUCAGAUCCAUCGCAUAACAAAUUCAAUACUUGGUUUAUUUCCGACGUUUGAUUUAACAAACUGUUUGUCCAUCCAAUUGGAAUAGUGAUCUAAUACGCCAAUAACUUCGUCAACGCAAGUAUAUUAAGGCAUGGCUCAAUUUUUGGUCUCGACCCCCCGCGAAGAUAAAACUGUUUUUCCUUCUACGGUCGUGGAUUUUAAUUCUAAAAGUUGCUAAAAAAAACUUUCGGGAAUUUUCUUUUGAGGCAUUUAAUUGAUUAGGGUUGAACUGAUGUGGUCACGAGAAACGUGAUGUCAUAGUGAUAUACAAAAGAAAACGCUAAAUGGGGUAGGGAUGGUUCAUUACAACUAACUCUGAACCAUGUGUAAGUGUUUGGCUUUUGGUACAAAGUUUUUCCGUGGCCGGAACGGAGAGAAUUUUUGAUUUCUUCAAAAGAUAUUAACAGAUAAAAAGCGUCACGUGACCUAUUUUGCUUAAUUGUUGAUUAAAUAAAAAUGGGAGUCAACCAUUCCGGCCAGAAUGAUGCAAGGAAUCAUGAUAGAAUAACAAAAAUAAUGUAUUUAAUAUCUACUGUGUGGCAUCUCGCCACCCCAUUUUUAGUUAAUUUUCUCUUCUUUCCUAGUUGACCUUAACUGGUCACGUGACACACAAAUAUGGUUUCUUGCGUAACAGGAAAAUUAAGUUUACUGAUAUCUUUGAGGUUACAAAAUUUUGAUAGGUUCUGGUCAAUUUUCACAAGGUUAUGAUCAUUAUAAGAUUUUAUGCAAAUUAGGCUCAGCAGGCUUUGUAGUUAAUUUCAUCAAUUAUUAUACAGCUUAUUGCUGUGAAAAUGGUCAUGAUUCGUACAUCUUUGAACAUGUUUAUAGUGGCCUGGAAUAACUAAUAAUUGAUUAGGGUUGAACUGAUGUGGUCACGAGAAACGUGAUGUCAUAGUGAUAUACAAAAGAAAACGCUAAAUGGGGUAGGGAUGGUUCAUUACAACUAACUCUGAACCAUGUGUAAGUGUUUGGUUUUUGGUACAAAGUUUUUCCGUGGCCGGAACGGAGAGAAUUUUUGAUUUCUUCAAAAGAUAUUAACAGAUAAAAAGCGUCACGUGACCUAUUUGGCUUAAUUGUUGAUUAAAUAAAAAUGAGACUCAACCAUUCCGGCCAGAAUGAUGCAAGGAAUCAUGAUAGAAUAACAAAAAUAAUGUAUUUAAUAUCUACUGUGUGGCAUCUGGCCACCCGAUUUUUAGUUUUCUCUUCUUUCCUGGACUUGACCUUAACUGGUCACGUGACACACAAAUAUGGUUUCUUGCGUAACAGGAAAAUUAAGUUUACUGAUAUCUUUGAGGUUACCAAAUUUUGAUAGGUUCUGGUCAAUUUUUACAAGGUUAUGAUCAUUAUGAGAUUUUAUGCAAAUUAGGCUCAGGCUUUGUAGUUAAUUUCAUCAAUUAUUAUACAGCUUAUUGCUGUGAAAAUGGUCAUGAUUCGUACAUCUUUGAACAUGUUUAUAGUGGCCUGGAAUAACUAACAAUCAUAACAUUAAUUAUCUAUGCCAUUUACCAUGAUUCACCUAAGUGCCCCUAUCUGCCCACUUUUUUGGAUUAUUAACUCUAGUACACUGUAUAUUUUUCUUGCUCCAUGCAGGUCAAAAGUGUGGUGGCAUUGGCUACAUCGUAGGUCGUUGUGGCAAAGGACUAAAAUGUAACUUGGCUUAUGCUACUUACACGAACCCCGUGGGUUAUUGUGUUCCGGUGUUAAAUCCUACAACGACUCCGGUUCAAAAACCUUUAACACGCAGACCGUUUUUUGCUACCACCUUACACGACUGGGUGAAUUUAGAUCAGCAGUCGGGGGUUCCAAGGCAUGAUAUCCCCGGUGUUCCAAUCAAUAGCGUGGCUGAAAAUAAUCCUAGGAUAGAACAAAAGUCGCCUGAAAACGAUGACAAAUACUUCGUUCAUUCAGCUGGCUCGUGGAAUAUGGAGAUUGUUAAUGAUCAUGAUACGCCACGAGCACCUUUACGUCCAAAGAAUGCGACACAAAACACAACGCAGACUAGCAACCCGAAGCGACAGAGGACAGUCAAUAAAGGUAGUAGUGGAUAUAUAUUAGCUUUAGUUAUAGAACUGAUCUAGAUGUGGUUUGAAUCAAGUUCGAAAGAAGACAAGCGAGUUGUUUGACCUAUUCAGGCUUCUUUGGGAAUUGCGGGAUUUUAGCCAAGUUUUUUCAUGCGUUUCUUUUUAUACAUUCACCGAGUGAAAACUGACGUGCGAGGAGCAUAAAGACAUAAAAGAAAAGAAAAAAAGAAGGAAAGAAAGAAAGAAAGAAAGAAAGAAUAAAAGGCCAAUAUCUAACCAUCUAGAUCAAACGUUCUUGGUCUGUCAAUAAGUUUAAGCUUAUUACAUUAUAUUUAAACUUGUUAUAGUGCCAAAGCCGGAAAACGGCUGCGAGAACAAAGAGGGCAGUGGCGACUUUAAAGUAACGUUAAAAUAACACAACAGAAACAACAGAUUCCACGGAUGAGCAAAACUGAAGAAGAUUGAAAUGGAUUAAAAUUAGGGUUUUUGAAAACUGUUCAGCUAGUAACAGUCUUUCAAAGUUGAUCCCUGCUGCUUGCAACUUCAAAAAUAAUGCUCAGGAGACAUAUUUGUUUGUCUCGUAUCUAUGAUUUUGUCAUUUACAUGUAAUUUCUUUUCUGGCUUUAAGUUCCAUAGCGAUUGAGGGUGAGUAAUUGGCAAAAUUAAACAAAAUGAACUGGACUGCCGUGACACAGCCCCUGUAAGUCCACAUAUGUUGGACUAAUAAGGUGAAUCAGAGGAUGUUUACAUGUCAUAUAGUGCUGAUUGUAUGAUCUUUAUUUUUUCUACGUUACAGCUUCUGCUGAUGACUUUAUCUCUGAUAUAUCUCCAGCAGUGAUCUUUGUGGCUGUCACAGGAGGAGUAUUUUUAUGUUUAGUUGGUUUGCUGUUUCUUCCGACGUCUCAUAGAAGCUUACAGAACUAA